AGCGGAGCGGCCACAAGAGCACGAAACCAUUUCGCUCCUCACUCUUCCUCCUCUUCUUCGUCUACACAAAUUUUUAGGGUUUGCUCCAUUAUCGGGGUUUUGAAGUAGUCGAUCAAAUCAUCAUCAUCAUCAUGUGUGGGAUAUUGGCGGUGUUAGGGUGCUCCGACGAUUCGCAGGCGAAGAGGGUUCGAGUUCUCGAGCUCUCUCGCAGGUUAAAGCACCGCGGUCCGGAUUGGAGUGGCAUAUACCAAUUCGGGGAUUGCUUUUUAGCACACCAAAGGCUAGCAAUCAUCGACCCUGCAUCUGGAGACCAACCUCUCUAUAACGAGGACAAAACAAUAAUUGUCACGGUAAAUGGUGAGAUCUACAACCAUGAAGAGCUGAGGAAGCAAUUAUCCAAUCACAAAUUCAGGACCGGAAGUGAUUGCGAUGUUAUUGCUCAUUUGUAUGAAGAACAUGGAGAAGACUUUAUUGACAUGUUGGAUGGGGUAUUCUCGUUUGUGCUGCUCGACACUCGUGACAAUAGCUUCAUUGCUGCUCGAGAUGCAAUCGGAGUUACACCUCUCUACAUCGGCUGGGGACUCGAUGGCUCUGUUUGGAUAUCAUCUGAAAUGAAAGGGCUCAAUGACGAUUGUGAGCACUUUGAGCUUUUCCCUCCUGGGCACUUGUACUCUAGCAAAGAAGGUGGCUUCAAGAGAUGGUACAAUCCUCCGUGGUACUCGGAGUCUAUUCCAUCUGUUCCUUAUGAUCCUCUUGCUUUAAGGAAGGCAUUCGAGAAAGCUGUGAUUAAGAGAUUGAUGACUGAUGUUCCGUUUGGUGUUCUGUUAUCGGGUGGCCUUGAUUCAUCGUUGGUUGCUGCUGUAACGGCUCGCCACUUGGCAGGGACCAAGGCUGCAAAACAAUGGGGGAACAAGCUCCAUUCCUUUUGUGUUGGAUUAGAGGGUUCACCUGAUUUGAAGGCUGCAAAGGAGGUUGCUGAUUAUUUGGGCACUGUUCACCAUGAAUUCCACUUCACAGUUCAGGAUGGUAUUGAUGCCAUUGAGGAUGUCAUCUACCAUAUCGAAACGUACGACGUGACCACGAUCAGGGCGAGCACACCAAUGUUCCUCAUAUCGCGUAAGAUAAAGGCACUCGGAGUUAAGAUGGUUAUCUCUGGCGAAGGCUCGGACGAGAUCUUUGGCGGGUACUUGUAUUUCCACAAAGCACCAAAUAAGGAAGAGUUCCACAGAGAGACAUGUCACAAGAUUAAAGCUCUUCAUCAAUAUGACUGCUUAAGAGCUAACAAAGCAACCUCUGCGUGGGGGCUAGAAGCUCGUGUUCCAUUUUUGGAUAAGGAGUUUAUAAAUGUUGCGAUGAGCAUCGACCCUGAAGCGAAAAUGAUACAGCGUGAUCUUGGGAGGAUCGAGAAGUGGGUAUUGCGAAAGGCUUUCAAUGAUGAGGAAAAUCCUUACCUUCCGAAGCACAUUCUCUACAGGCAAAAAGAGCAGUUCAGUGAUGGUGUCGGCUAUAGUUGGAUUGAUGGACUCAAGGCCCAUGCUGCAGAGCAUGUGACGGACAAAAUGAUGCUGAACGCAAAGAAAAUUUACCCGCACAACACGCCGACCACAAAAGAGGCCUAUAACUACAGAAUGAUCUUUGAGAGGUUCUUCCCUCAGAACUCGGCGAGGCUCUCCGUUCCAGGAGGUCCAAGUGUGGCUUGUAGCACCGCAAAAGCUGUCGAAUGGGAUUCGCAGUGGCUGAACAACCUCGACCCGUCCGGACGGGCUGCUUUGGGAGUCCAUGAUGCGGCUUACGAGCAGCAGCAGGUCCUGCCUUCUCUAUCAGCCGGGCACGGCCCAGCGGAUAUCACAAGCAAGAACCCAAGGAUGCUCGAAGUAACGGGCUAACCCGGUCUGGGUCUUGCCGCUCCGCGUUGGUGGUGUUUCCUCGAGAUCAGUCGAGCUUACUAGUAUGUGUAAAAUCUUAUGGCACGGUUUGUUUAAUAGUCGUAUGGAGCUUGAAAGAGCUCUUUAAGAGUCGGAUUAAUGAUAUACUGUUAGGAAGAUGCUGUUUGGCUUUUGCAGUGUUAUAUAUUGUUCAUGAUGAAGUAGCUUGUAUCGUGUUCUUCAAUGGCGUGUAUCGUACUAAUAGCAGGCAUGGAGUUGAUGAAAUAAGAAGGGUGUAGCGUGUUUGUUGAUGCUGUACUACUUGUCUAGUUUGUUGGGAAGUAAUAUGUGUUCUUCAAUGCCGUGUUUAAUUAUA